CUGGGGGUCUCCACUUGGCUUUAAGAGCCCUGCGAGUUUAGAGGACGCCCACUUCUUUAAACCCGGAUCUGUGCGCAAGGAGCGCGUAAAAAUCGGCGGACUGAUCUAAAACAAAGUCGUUUUAAAAGAGAGAGAGCAAACUUCAGGUUCACCUGGAGGACUUGACUCAGUAAACAGAGACGCGAGCGGAUUAAAAAACACACGCACACUGACAGAAAACUCUUCUGAGAUAUUUUUCUUAUUGCUUUUCGUUGGUGCUCCUUUGCCCGGCACUCAGCAUGAUGUCCUAUUUGAAGCAACCGCCCUACACGAUGAACGGACUGAGCUUAUCUACCUCAGGAGUGGACCUGCUGCAUCCUUCAGUGGGAUACCAAGCAACCCCUCGCAAACAGAGAAGGGAGAGGACGACCUUCACUCGGGCCCAGCUCGACGUGUUGGAGAAUCUGUUCGCCAAGACUCGGUACCCGGACAUCUUCAUGAGAGAGGAGGUGGCCUUAAAGAUCAACCUGCCUGAAUCCAGAGUGCAAGUGUGGUUUAAAAACCGACGAGCCAAACAUCGCCAGCAGGCCCAGCAAACCCAGACUGGAGUGCAGAACAAGGCUGUCAGCAGGCCGGUGAAAAAGAAAAGCUCACCGGUCAGAGAGGCCAGCUCAGAGAGCGGAGCCAGCGGCCAGUUUACGCCGCCUUCGAGCACUUCAGUCCCGUCUGUGAGCAGCAGCGCAGCGCCUGUGUCUAUCUGGAGCCCGGCUUCCAUCUCCCCGCUCUCCGACCCGCUGUCUACCUCCUCCUCCUCCUCCUCAUGCAUGAGCUUAUCUACCUCAGGAGUGGACCUGCUGCAUCCUUCAGUGGGAUACCAAGCAACCCCUCGCAAACAGAGAAGGGAGAGGACGACCUUCACUCGGGCCCAGCUCGACGUGUUGGAGAAUCUGUUCGCCAAGACUCGGUACCCGGACAUCUUCAUGAGAGAGGAGGUGGCCUUAAAGAUCAACCUGCCUGAAUCCAGAGUGCAAGUGUGGUUUAAAAACCGACGAGCCAAACAUCGCCAGCAGGCCCAGCAAACCCAGACUGGAGUGCAGAACAAGGCUGUCAGCAGGCCGGUGAAAAAGAAAAGCUCACCGGUCAGAGAGGCCAGCUCAGAGCGCGGAGCCAGCGGCCAGUUUACGCCGCCUUCGAGCACUUCAGUCCCGUCUGUGAGCAGCAGCGCAGCGCCUGUGUCUAUCUGGAGCCCGGCUUCCAUCUCCCCGCUCUCCGACCCGCUGUCUACCUCCUCCUCCUCCUCCUCAUGCAUGCAGCGCUCAUAUCCCAUGACCUACACCCAGGCAACGGGCUACAACCAGGGUUACACUGGCUCCUCGUCCUACUUCACGGGAAUGGACUGCAGCUCGUACCUUUCGCCCAUGCACCACCAGCUUUCCGCCGCAGGCUCCGCCAUGAGCCCCAUGAGCAGCAACGGGGUGUCUAGCCACCUGAGCCCGGCGUCCUCUCUCUCCUCAUCGGCGUAUGGACCGGCGGGGCUCGGGUUCAGCGGCUCUGCAGACUGCCUGGACUACAAGGACCAAACGGCGUCUUCGUGGAAGCUCAAUUUCAACGCGGACUGUCUGGAUUACAAAGACCAAUCAGCGUGGAAAUUCCAAGUGUUGUGAGGGGUACAAAAUAAAGGGACAGUUGCCAUUAACUGCGGACUGUACAGACAAAUUAAAGCCCAAGGUUUGGAGAGGCAAGUGCGGCGUUUAUCCCCUCCACCACCACGACCACAGGCCCUAACUUCUACCUCGGGCAAAGCAUAAAUCAAGACUGUCAGGCGCUUGUCUCACUUGUUGGGUUAACUUAUUGAAUAUACACUGACUUCUUAACUUUGAUCAAGGAAACGGAACAAAUUUGUUGACCAAAAGAAAAAAAAAAAGGGAUCAAGAGAGCGAAAGAUCCAAAGCCCAACUUGGUUGAGUUUGAGGGAUAGGUCAGGUUUUCUCCUAAGCUCCUUAAAGACUCCCCCCUUGUCUUCUUCUUCUUCUUUUUUAAUUUCAUUGGCACGCUGAAGGGCCCCUUUGAUCAAAGCGUUGCGCAGAAGGGUGUGUGCUUGUGUUGUAAAGAGCGCGUGUGUGUAAUGUGCGUGAGAGCAGCUCUAACGAGAACCUGGAUGCACUAUUUAAUUUAAGAGAAAAUAUGUUGAAGACUAUAGUUAUGAGACAAUCAGUCCAAUUCCGUGUGAGCAUAAUUACCCCUUAUAUGUUUAUGAUUUAUUUCCCCCGUUGUAUUAGUUUUUUUUGUUUUGUUUUUUGUAAUUUAAGUUGUGAAUCGUUUUUUGUACUACCUGUAUGCAAUUGUGCUUUGCGCAACACGAGCGCCAAGAGCCAGCUGUGAAUUUGAUAGUUUUUAAUGUCUCGGGUGUUGAUAAAUUAUUAUAAGGACAUAUUAGUUGAAUUAAACAGGGAGUGCAGGAUGAAUGAAGCCAGCAGUGAGUUCAGUGGAGCUGUAAAGUGCGGUGAGGAAGCAACAAACACACUAAAUCCCAAUAAAAACAA